GUAAACACUGUAUUUCUGGCUUUUAUCUUGUCUGUCGCAAAGGCAACGCAAGCAAUUGUGACAUCAACAAUAGAUUGUCAGUGCGCUGUGCGCUGUCAUCACUUACACACAUACGCACGCAAUCGUAAACAUUUUGUUGCAGAACCGAACACGUCAGCUACGCGGAUGUGGAUUGAUUGACAAACAAUUUGUUUUGAUCAUUCCCAGUCAGUUAAUUUACUGCUCGAGCUACACAUAACUGCAAAGUAUUUCCAAGUAUUCGUUAGCUGAUUCAAAUAACGCUGCAUCAAAAUGGUACUCAUUGCCGCGGCAGUCUGCACAAAAAAUGGCAAAGUCAUAUUGUCACGUCAGUUCGUGGAGAUGACUAAGGCGCGCAUCGAAGGACUGUUGGCUGCAUUCCCCAAGCUCAUGACAGCCGGCAAGCAGCACACUUAUGUGGAAACGGACUCGGUACGCUAUGUCUACCAGCCGAUGGAGAAGCUCUACAUGCUCCUGAUAACCACAAAGGCCAGCAACAUUCUAGAGGAUUUGGAAACUCUUCGCCUUUUCUCGAAAGUGAUUCCAGAGUACAGCCACUCGCUGGACGAGAAGGAGAUUGUGGAGAAUGCAUUCAACUUGAUAUUUGCCUUUGAUGAGAUUGUUGCACUUGGCUACAGGGAGAGCGUAAAUCUGGCGCAAAUCAAGACUUUUGUCGAGAUGGACUCGCAUGAGGAGAAAGUCUACCAGGCAGUUCGUCAGACACAGGAGCGUGAAGCUCGCCAAAAGAUGCGCGAGAAGGCCAAGGAGCUACAGCGUCAGCGUAUGGAGGCCCCAAAACGUGGUGGCCCCUCAAUGGGAGGCAUGGGCGGACGCAGCGGCGGCUUCAGCUCCGACAGCUUUGGCAGCAGCGGCAUCAGCAGUGGUAGCGGCGGCAGCGGUGGCAGCGGCGGUGCACCAUCCAUAGAAAUGGAAGCCAAGCAUGUGUCCAGCAAGGCGGCACAGAAACCGGUAUCUCGCAAUGCGCUCAAAUUGGGUGGCAAGUCCAAGGAUGUGGACAGUUUUGUUGACCAGCUGAAGAGCGAAGGCGAGAAGAUUGCCAAUCUGGCACCAGCAGUUGCUGCGGGCAGCUCCGGCGCAGCGGCCAGUGCUAGUGCAGCAGCUAAAGCCAAAAUCUCAGCAGAUAUUCAUACGGAAAGUGUACAUCUCAAAAUGGAGGAUAAGUUGGUGGUGCGUCUGGGACGUGAUGGUGGCGUACAACAGUUCGAGCUCAGUGGCUUGCUGACGCUGCGCAUUACCGAUGAAAGUAGAGCACAUAUCAGGGUGUUGCUAGCCAAUAAUGAUACACAAGGUAUACAGCUGCAGACCCAUCCAAAUGUUGAUAAGGAACUAUUUAAAUCGCGCGCCAUGAUCGGACUCAAGAUCCCCACCAAGCCGUUCCCUCUUAACACCGAUGUGGGUGUCCUCAAGUGGCGCUUCAUUACGCAGGACGAAUCGGCUAUACCUCUGACCAUUAACUGUUGGCCUUCGGACAAUGGAGAAGGCGGCUGCGAUGUGAACAUUGAAUACGAACUGGAGGCACAACAUCUGGAGCUACAGGAUGUUGCCAUAGUUAUACCAUUGCCCUUAAAUGUCCAGCCUUCGGUAGCCGAAUACGAUGGCACCUACAAGUAUGAUGCUCGCAAACAUGUGUUGUUGUGGAAUAUUCCCAUCAUUGAUGCGGCCAACAAGUCCGGCUCGAUGGAGUUUAGCUGCAGUGCCUCCAUUCCAGGCGAUUUCUUUCCGUUGCAAGUGACAUUCGUCUCUAAGACGCCGUAUGCGGCCAUAAGCGCCCUAGAUGUCGUACAGGUGGAUAAUAAUGAAUCGGUCAAGUAUUCAAGCGAAACGAUUCUUUUUGUGGAAAAAUAUGAAAUUGUUUAAACUAUAUACACGCAUGCAGAAAAGGACAGAUACACACAUAAAUAUACACACAUACAGAGUUACACUAUCAGCAGAUGUAGUAUACCUAGAAUCGAAACAAUUUAUGUACGAUUAUAUAAAUGUUAAAACAAUGUUUACAUACAUAUAUAUAUUUCCACAUAAAUGUACGCAUCAAGCCGCGAUGCACUUGUGAAGUCGCAAUACGGCCAACAAUAAUUCCAAAUGGCAUGUGCUCCACAGCAAUCAUCAUAGAGUAUAUAUAACACAAUAUAAAAUA